AUCUAGAUUUACUAAAUUAUUUUAUUGUUCUCUUUUUGUUGCAUUAAAUUUUAAUGCGAAUAUUAUUUUUUAGGAAAGUAAACGUGCUAUAGUGAACUAGCGAAAAAUGUCGCAAGACCAUGAUGAAUAUCAAUACUUAAACUUAAUCAAACAUAUAAUUGAAAAAGGAGACAGCCGGGUUGAUAGAACAGGUGUUGGAACUUUGUCUGUAUUUGGUGCAAUGCAACGAUAUUCAUUAAAAGAUAAAGUCCUUCCAUUGCUAACAACAAAACGAGUAUUUGUAAGAGGAGUUAUAGAAGAACUUUUAUGGAUGAUCAGUGGUUGUACAAAUAGCAAAGUUCUGUCAAACAAAGGUGUACACAUUUGGGAUGCGAAUGGGUCCAGACAAUUCUUAGAUAACUUGGGAUUUAAAGAACGUGAAGAGGGAGAUCUAGGUCCUGUUUAUGGUUUUCAAUGGAGGCACAGUGGAGCAAAAUAUAUUGACUGUAAUACUGAUUACACUGGACAGGGAGUGGACCAAUUACAAAAUGUUAUAAACACUCUUAGAACAAAUCCAGCUGAUAGAAGAAUUCUUAUGUGUUCUUGGAUACCAUCAGACCUGGGAAAGAUGGCACUGCCCCCAUGUCAUUGCUUAGCUCAGUUCCAUGUAUCAAGUGGUAGACUAUCAUGCCUUCUAUACCAAAGAAGUGCAGAUAUGGGUCUUGGUGUUCCAUUCAAUAUCGCAAGCUAUGCUCUUUUAACACACAUGAUUGCACAUAUAACAGGGCUAGAAGCAGGAGAAUUCAUACACACAACAGGUGACACACAUGUCUAUCUGAACCACAUUGAACCUCUUAAGAUUCAACUGGAAAGAGAACCGAGACCCUUUCCCACCUUGGAAUUCAGUCGAAAUGUUGAAUCCAUUGAUGAUUUUAAAUAUGAAGAUUUUAUUAUAAAAGAUUAUAAUCCACAUCCAAAAAUUAAUAUGGAAAUGGCUGUGUAGCAUAGGUGAAUAUAGAACAAAAUGGAAUUGUUUUGAGUGCCUUUUAACAAUUAAAUAAUAUAAGAUUCCUAAACUUCAAACAAAAUACCAAAUGGAAUAUUAAAUUACUUAGAACCUAGGUGACACUGAGACAAGAGACAGUGAUGUUACUUACUCAAGUACUCCCCACAUGAAAAUUUAUCUUAAAGAUCUCAGACUAAUAUCUAAUAUUAGCUAACAGACAUCCAUCACUUAAGCUUUCUACAAAAAAUAUACAUACUGAAACAAGCAACCUCUAACUCAUUAACCCCCUUAUUCAUAAUAGUCUGCUAACUUAAAGCAUUGCUUAUUCUCCCUCUGUCUUCUUCUAUUGACCUAAGUCAGAAUGAGAAAAAACACUCCUUAGAUUAUAUUAAAUGAAUAAGGGGAUAAAUAUAUUCCUAGAAAAAAACUUAUGAUGUGAUCAGUAAACUGAUAAAAAAAACUACGUAAUAAAAAGUCCAUUUAUUAAAAUUAAUUAUUACAAAAUAAACACCUCAAAGAAAUUAAUAAUGGCAAUUCAUUCUUAUUUUUUAUAUAACAUAUGUAUAUGUGAUGAUUCAUAUGUAAGUAAACAUGAUUCUAAUUCUAAAUCUUUUCAAAAAAAAAUUAUCUGUAUCUAUAACAUGAUAACUUUUAAUAUUAAUAUAUUUUAUAAUUAACUAACCUUGGCAUAAAAGUGCACUUUAGGUUUAAACUCAAUAUUCCUGGGAAAAUUUUGUAUUUUGGGUAUAGCCACAGGCUUUAUAAUGGCUCAUGAUCUCCCUUAACCCUCAGAAUAAUGUUGCCCUUAAGUCUCAAAAGGAAAAAUAUUGCUAAUUAUAAAGGAGUUUUUAACAUGAUUAUUGCCAAUUUUUAUUAUGUACAUACAAUUUUUAACAGUUUGAACAAUUGUUAAAAAUUAUAAUUAUACUUACAGACUUAAUAUGCAGAUUUUAUGUUUUCCCACUAUGUUGUAUAAAAAUACCAAUAUCUACAUACAUAGUUAUGCCUAUAAUAUUUUUAAGUAUAUGCAGUUUACGACUCCCGUUUCUGUCACCCUUAUAAAAGAUAUUGCCAACUUACAACUUUAGAAUAAAAUAUUUUGUACAUUUAUUUGUAUAAUAUUUUUAGAAUAAUAACUAUUGAAUAAAUUUAACUUGACAAUAAUA